ACAAUGCGUGACUAGCCCCUGUAGCGUGGUUGGACGAUAUAAUGAUUCCUUACAGUGCGCGGGCAAGGUUGCCCGUUUAAACAGCAUGAGCUCUUUCUAUGUUAAAUCCAGUCGAGUUUCGAAACAGCCAGAGAAGUACUGUAGUAAAAUGAUUCCGCAGUGUACGUUGAAGCAAUCGUGCUUAGGAACUAUAGCAGACUUUUUACUGUGUUGGAGCAGAAACCCAAGUAGACACAGUCUAGAUAUGGAAAAUGUCAAAGACAACCCAUUUUACAACUUACCUAUCGACUUGAGACAGGACAUGUUGAAUUCUUUAUUGAAUGCUCGACCAGAUGGGAAAGAACUACUACAUGCUGCUGAGCUCCUAGUCUCUCCUGGCAUAGAAUCUUUUGACUUAGGAUGCAUAGAAGAUUGUCCCUUCCCUGAUGUCAAAGUGAUAAUGGACAUUUUGAUCCGCCAUGGGCAUUCAUUAAGAGAGCUUCGAGUCGCGGGUCACUGGCUUUAUAAGAAAGAGAGUGUAACCUUGCUUCACAGACUUCUUCAAGCUGCCCCAAAUCUGCGUCAGUUAAGGCUUCAACACACAACCAAAACUGGCAAAGAAGUGGAGACAAUCGCAGAGUGUUGCAAAAAGCUCCAUCAACUGGAAAUACUGCAUCCUUCUCUUGACGAGUUAGAUGUUCAAGCUCUAGCAGAGAAAAUUCAUUCCAACAGCGCAUGUUGGUCGAUGUGUGAGAAUCUUCAUGAAAUUAGGGUUCCGUCAUCUGCAAAUGGACGCACUGUGUUCUUACUACUUCAGUUAUUUCCUAACUUGGAGUAUAUCCACUGCGCUUAUCUAGAACAGUUUUUGGACGAAAUGGACAGUGCCGAAAAUCAAGAGUUUUGGAAGUUACGCUUAUCUAAGCUACGGGGGAUCGAAACCACUCAUCCUCUUGAUGAUGACGCCGUAAGUAGACUGGUCCAGUGGUGUCCUAACCUCAGAACGGUUUCUCUUGAAGUCCAGGAGGGAAUGUCUCUCCGUCCUCUGACACAGUUACCUCACCUUCAGUUCCUUCAACUGAGGAACAGCCCGACACUUCCCGCUUCCUAUAUUGAAGAGGUGCUUUCUUUGCUCCAAUCAUGUGGCCAGAAACUUUUGCGUCUUAGCCUAGAACAGUUCGAUGUCAUAGAUCUGGUAAAGACAGCUUAUUUUUGCCCACAUUUAAGAGGUUUUAGUGCACAGUGGUUUACCGUACUGGGCUCUGGAAAUGUGCGAAAAAACUUAGAAUCUUUUAGUGAACUCCGAUACCUACGACUUCGGCCUCAGGUAAAUCGAAAAAUCUCAGCAGAAGCUUGCCAAAUGUUAUUAGCUCAUUGUCAUGAUCUGCGUCAUCUCGAGUUGUACUGUUGUUACGGGUUAAAUGAUACUCUAAUGAAAAAACUAUUAUCUCAAAAUUCUUUCAAGCAUCUACGUUCUGUUGUUCUGCGACAUGGCCAUGGCUUAUCAGCUGACGGCAUCAACUGGUUCAUCGGAGCUGCUCAAAAACUAAAUGUCUGUGAUACCGGAAUGGAUCCCAUAACUCGAGCUUUUGAACAAUACCAUGCAGCUUAAAUUUUUGUAUUCAAAUGUGCAUAUAUGUUUUGAAUUUUGUUAUUCAAACACACUGAUAUGUAUUUGUUUUUACAUGAUCCUUUUAUGUGUUUGUUUGAGCUGUGAUGUGCUUACACGGUCCUUUUAUGUGUUUGUUUGAGCUGUGAUGUGCUUACACGGUCCUUUUAUGUGUUUCGUUUGAGCUGUGAUGUGGGUGUAUACAAAAUGUUACAAUAAGCAGCCGACCAGUGAAAAACGUUUUUGUUUUAUGAUGAGUUAACAUCGAUUUGUUCGUAUUUUUACACGGUUCUUUUAUGUGUUUUGUUUGAGCUGUGAUGUGGGUGAGCACAAAAUGUUACAAUAAGCAGCCGACCGGUGAAAAACGUUUUUGUUUUAUAAUGAGUUAACAUCGAUUUAUUCGUAAGUGCAAAAUAUAUUUUCAACAUUUUAUUUUAUAAUUGUAUGUAUGUAUAUAUACUUAUUACUGUGCAUGUUAUAUUGCACAGGUUUAGUCCAUUUAAAAAAGCACUGAAUGGGACCAAUAAAGACUUGAACUUCGAACUUAAAUUUUCUGUUUAGCAUUUUAAAACCUGAUUAACAAAAUAAGCUAGGCCUGGCAUGGCCAGGUGGUUAGGCCGCUCGGCUCGCAACCUGUGGGUCGUGGGUUCGAAUUCCCGUCCCACCAAAUAUACUCGUCCUAUCAGCCGUGGGGGCGUUAUAAUGUGACGGUCAAUCCCACUAUUCGUUGGUAAAAGAGUAGCCCAAGAAUUGUGUGAAUAUUUAAAUAACAAUUUCCCGAUAAUUUAAGUAUAUUGUAUCUUGUAUACAAGAUAAGUUAGUUAAACCUUUUAUACAUAUGAUUUCCCUGAGCCUUAAUAUCCCAUAAUAACAUCAAUAGAUUCAAACGUAAUUUUUGCAACAACAGACAUGUGUGCAUAAGAAAACUAUUAUCGCAACUGACGCUUUUUUAAUAGAGAGUGUCAUUUUGUGAAUGCGAUAGUUUAUUAAGAUAUUACUUUUGAAAGACCUAAUGUCACAGCACCAUUCGUUAUUGAUUUGCUAAGAUUGCAUGUAGGCUAGUUUAUUUGUUUGUAUUAAUUAACGCAAAACUAAAAAAUAGGCUAUAUGCGCUAAGUCCGCCUCAGCCCACGUGGAUCGAUCUCUGAUUUACUAAAUUGCAUAUAAACUAGUUUAUUUAUUUGUUUUAGUGUAAAGCUAGACAAUGAGCUAUAUGCGCUAUAAAAAUAAUGCCGAUAAACAACAUAUGAUAUAUAUAUAUAUGUGUGCUUUCCGAGCAAAGCGUACUUUAGUCUUCAGUGUGCUUAGACUGUGAAUUCGAAAGUUCAUGGCUCGGGUCCCAGGGGCCAUGAGCGCGCUGUAAAAGUGAAGGUCAAAUCCCGCUGUUCGAUUAGACGAGAGUUGACGGUGAGUACAUUUGUAAUAAAGUUUCUUUCACUACCCAUUCAAGCCAUUUUCAAACUUUAUUUUCUAAAAAGUGGGUUCCUCGUCAUGAAAUAAUGGACUAUCUGUGCUCUGCCCACCGCGGAAAACGAAACCCGAUUUUGAGCAUUACAAGCCCCAAGACUUCCCGCUGAGCUACCCGAGAGCAAAUUGUGAAAGGAACAAAACAUAUUGUAAUUUGCCCAAAGUAUAUAGAUCAUUGACAUUCGUAACACUUUGCUGCAAUUCAGUCUGAUGUGUAUCAGUCUGGAUACAUUCUGUAUCUCACAAGUAAUAACUGUAUUCAGCACGUAAAAUAUUAUUAUUAGUGGUAUCAAAAACUAACAUUAUAUAGUUUUAAAACACACACACGUUAUUUUAAGUGUUUUUUGUGUUGUUUUUUAAAACUAGUGAUUUCAUAAUAUAUUCAAAUAUUGAGUAGCUAUUUGAAAUGUACAUAUGCAGUAAAAAGAAGAAAAUUUGUCUUUCUAUAAAACUGUUUCCUCUAGUGCCAGGAACUGAACGAAAAACUACAACAAAUGUGUGAUUUUUCACAUAAGUAUUGUAAUGAUUAUUUCAAAGGAUGUUUUUUAAUUAAGUAUAAUAGCAAUACAAUGGAGAGCAAUAAGAUAUAUAUAUAUAUAUAUAUAUUGUGGUUGUUAUCUGAUUUGAAUAACUAAACUUUUAAAAUAGUAUUCUGUAAGUAUUCUCAAUAUUUCUUCCGGGAUCCUUUUAUUAGAUGGCCAAUCCUGGCCUAAAAUUACAAAGAUUAGUGUGCUCGAAAUGUGAAUCCAGGGAAUUGUGGUUUGCGACUCACUGCUUAAAAACACGUUUCGCACUGUGGCUACACCAUAAGAGUGACGGUUAAAUUUCACUAUUCGAUCAGAUAAGAUAGAAAGUAGGGCAAGAGUUUGCAGUGGUUGCUGUUGGUUACAUGUCUUUCAGUUUAAAAUCAGGGACAGCUAUGCGCAGAUAGCCCUUGUGUCACUUUGCGCAAAAUUCUGAAACAAAUAAGUGAACGACCUUUAAUAUAUAUAUAUAGAGAGAGAUUGCAUCAUUUAUACGGGGCUAGAGUGACAAACUAAUAACCUGUAGAACAAAACGCUAAAAAACAUUUUAUUGUGUUCGUAACUUCUACAAACUCGUUUUUUUAAUGAAAUGUGCCAAACAAAUCCAUUAUUUUUCUGUGGUUAUGUAAAGGUACGUCUUUCUUUGAAAAUCGAUACAGCACAAAUGUUUAUGCCCUGGACCCUUCUUAUAUCCAGCAAUACUCCUACUAAGGAGGCUUAGUCUCUCACAGAAGACCCCAGUGGCACAGCGGAAUGUCUGCGGACUUACAACGCUAGAAACCGGGUUUCGAUACCCAUUGUGGGCAGAGCACAGAUAGCCCAUUGUAUAGCUUUGUGCUUAAUUCCAAACAAACAAAAAAUCUCUUACAGAAAAUAAUGAGUGGACUGUAUAGGGCUACCCAAUACGGGACUAAAACAAUAAAAUUUAAACCUUCCAAAUCUAUUCUUCAAGACAAAUUACAGUGCAGAUAGGAGUAUGAGAAAUGUUGUCUUCCUAAAUACAGUGGGUGGCCAAAGUCCAGUCUUUGGCGUAACACUGCUGCUUUGAUGAGGUGCAGUAGGAGAAUUUAGUUUGUUACUCAAUGGCUAUCUGCGCUAGUCAUUCCUAAUUUAAAAGUGAUAAACUAGAGAGAGGACAGCUUGUAGUAAACAGCUCUAACCACCAACUCUAGAUCCACUUUAAUCGAAUAGAGGGAUCGGCUGUCAAAUUGUAACGCCCCCACGGCUGACAAAAUGGGGAUAUUCAAUGAUGGGAUUCAAAUUCGCAAAUUGCGAGUCAACCACCCUAACCACCAAGCCAGUUCAAGCAACUAAUGUGUUGAUAGAUAACUUUAAAGUAUUUUUAAUAUAAAGUUUACAUUUCUUGAUCAUAUCAUGAAGUUUCGUUUUGAUAAAUAUAUUCGAGCUUAGAAGAAAAACUGUAGGAUACUUAAGAGCAUCAAAUAGACAAGUACUCUUGAUGGCAAAUGAAUGAUUUUGUGCUUCGAAAAAUAUCAUAUCGAUUAUAAAAAAAGAUAUAACUCACAAAGUAACCAUGUGUAUAUCAUAUCUUUUAAACUGCCAAAAUAUUAAGGAAAGAUAUGCAUAUCAUCAUCAUGUUUACAUUAAUGUCGUAAUAUGUAAAAACAAACCAAGUUAAGCAACUAUCAACUUGUAUUUUUAUGCAACAUUUCAAAUAAAACAAACCCUCUUCGUUGUA